CUCACCCCACAUCCUCGCAGGUCCCGCCGGUGAGUCCUUCGCCUCGCGCAGCACCCGCCCCGGGCGGAGGGGGAAGGAGGAGGAGGAUGGCGCUGCUGGCGAUGAGCUUGGUGCUGGCGCUGCUGGCCCGGGACCUGGCAGCCACUCUGAACAAUCAAUUUGGUCUAUCUUCAAGAUAUAGAAAAGCAAACUGUGAUGAAUAUACAUUGCCAGGAUGUCCCAGAGACUUUAACCCUGUAUGUGGAAGCGACAUGUCCACUUAUCCCAACGAGUGUACUCUGUGCAUGAAAAUCAGGGAAGAUGGUCAUGAUAUAAAAAUAAUCCGAAAUGGACCGUGCUGAUGGAGCAUUUUACAGAAGAAAUAUUGGAGAAACUACCUUCAGCUACACAAUAGAUGAAUUUCAUUUUCUCAUUUUCUAUGUUUCUUUGCAUGAGAUUUGUUAACCCAUGUUUUUCGAGAGGAGAUGUGGGAGAAAACCAUGUGCAGUAACUGAUGAUUAAAGCAAGAAAAACAAAACAAAAUCCUUGUCUCUUGGCUUUUGCCCCUUGAGUCAAACUUAUUGCUCAGAUGGCUUGUGCAUUGCCUUAUUUAGCUGGAAUAAAACAGCAUUGUUCAA